UAUGCGUGCCAAUCCCCCUGGUACUUGUAGAAACGAGAGCGUUACCAGGGGGAGUUCAGAGCUUGGCGGGAAAGUCUUCUCCACCUUGAAGAAUGGAAGCAGUGUUGCUACGCGGCCUCAAAAAGCCGCGAAGGUGGAGUACACGUGGAGCAUUUCGAAGCCUGUCAUGUCUCAGCUUAUCACCAGAGCUUCGGCGACGCACGAUCACGAUGAGGAACUGGAAACGAGUGCAAUGCGGCAACAACUUCAUCGUCCACCUUCUUCGAAGCAAAAGCCCUCGCGACAGCCCGAACAUCGCCGUAAUCGCGCCAUACGCCAGAAGGAGGCUUCUCGACAACGCGAGAAGGACCGACCUUCCCCGAGCACGGAGAGCGGUAAGAUCGAAGAAAGGAGUGGGGCGAGUGAAGGCCGGAAGAAAUCCGUCGCCGAUAUAAUUCUGGAGAACAUGAUUCAAGACGAACAAAAGCAGAAAGAACGGCAAAAGAAACGCGAAAUGAAACAGGAGCAAACGACGCAGGAUUUAAACCAUUUGUGGGAGCGAUUUCAGGACGUGUUUGGAAAGAAGUCGCGAGGAACACCUGACGGUAGUAAGAGGGCGGUGCGGUCCAGACCCCCUCGCGAGGCAACACCUUCCGAUAUCUCGCCGCCUUCAAGCUCGGAUGUCUCUUCUGGUGGUAAGAGAAGCAGCAUUUGUGGACAGUCUCUGGAGAUCACCACCGAUAGUGAUGAAGAAUUUGAGAGAUUCUUACAUCGCAUUCGCGAGAUUCAAAGCAGUGAAUCAAGUUACGCAGAAGACAUGCGAAGUCUUCCAUCACGAGCAUCUUCAAGUGACCAGCAUUUCACGCGGGAAAAACACGAAGCAACUCCGAGUGACCGCCUGCUCGGUAAACCUCGUCAUACGACCGUUGACAGCUCGGCAAGUGUGACGCCAACUGCGACGUCAGACGACGAACACGCGAGGCGAAACGAGUCACGAACGCCUGCCUACCAACGACCCAACAGAAAAGCAGAUCGUCAAAACGUUAUCGGUCCAGUUGCUGUCCCGAGCUCAGCAGCGAACGCGAAAUCGAUGAUACCAAUGUGGUUGAAUGUGAAGAAUAAAGAAAUGACAAAAAUGGGGAAAAUGUCCACUUCUUGUACUUGUGGCGCAAAAGCCAGGAAAGAGAUGCCUAAACCCAGCGGUGUUCGUGACAUCGGUGUGAACUGUCCUACACCUCCGUUGGAAGUGCAGAACGUGCGACUGCCGGUAGCUGCCGACAUUGCUGUGCUGAGAGCGGGGUCCCCCGAAGAAGACAUUCUUCGUCCGGCCCCGGCAUCGCUCGUCAAGCUAUCGUUGCAAGACGCCUUCGUGAUCUCCAAGCAGGAAUUUAUCGAGAGGUCACGCGAACGGAUAAAAAAGGUUAACCAAAGACGAGAUGAAAGAAAGAACGAGAAAACAACUGAUGGGAAAGUUAUUGUUGUUGUCCCCAGCGAAAGAAACAGGCACAUGACCGCGGUUCUAAAACCCGAGGAAGAUAGGGUGCACGAAAUGAAGUCGAAUAAGCGAUUUGAGCAACUUCAGAGAAAAAAACCGCGUCCUAUGACUACCAGAGAGAUACGCGAUGUUAACAAAAGGGUGUAUAAAAAUCUUCCCGAGGUGAGAAAGAAGAGAGACGAGGAACGUCGAGCAGAGUUUUACAAGACGAAUCGUUUGCGCGCUCAGCUUUAUGGCAAGCACGUACGGAACACAAAUCGCAUAUUUACCGCUGUCUAAACAACGAUAAUUUUGAUCAACGCUCGAAUUUCUCAAGAAACGACACGAAGAAUUAAUUCAUUAAUUGGGAAUAUACUUGCAAUGGUUUCCAAUCAAAGUCUGUGAUUGGUCUGAAAACUUAAACUGGACAAAAUAACCGGUUGAAUUUUUCAAAGCAGGUUUGUUAAAGGAAUUGCAUGUGGAAGUCGGAUCUGUUUUGAUAUGUGACUAUAUUCAUUUGUUAAUCGUGCAGAGUGUUUUCAUUAGUACAUAGUAUUUAUUUUAAUCCAGGGUUAUUGAAAUUUGGAAACAUCACAGCACGCAAUUUUUAAUUAUAGUUAUGUUCUUUGCUUUGCUCUAAAUUUCACCUCCUCAGACCUUGCAUGCUGCUUGGAAGGCUAAUCUAGGGAGGGGGGAAGUCAAAGCCACGGCCUUUGACUUUCAGCUUUUAAAAAGAUAGGUAAAUUGUAUUUUCACACACAUAUAUAUCCAUAUCAGUAUGAACUGAUUUCAAGGACGGUCAGAUUAAAAACACAUAAAUUAAUAACAAGAUUCAAGACAAAUAUUAAAUUUUUUUAGAACUGUUUUGGA